AUGAUCGAACCCAUAGGGAAUCAGUAUGUCGUGGCCAGGCCAGUGUAUUCUGCCAACGCUUUUGGAGAAGAGUAUAAGAAGAGACAGAGACAUCACAAGACGGUUUUGGAUCAUCUCAAAGUGUGCUGUAGCUGUUCCACACAAAAGGCCAAGAAAAUUGCCCUGUCCUUGUUCCCCGUGGCAUCUUGGUUACCAGCAUACAAGUUAAAGGACUGGCUACUGAGUGACAUUGUUUCUGGGAUCAGCACGGGGCUGGUGGCUGUUCUGCAAGGUUUAGCAUUUGCUCUGCUGGUCAACAUUCCUCCAGGAUAUGGCUUGUACGCAGCCUUUUUUCCAGUCCUCACCUACUUUUUCUUGGGCACUUCCAGGCACAUAUCUGUGGGUCCCUUUCCAGUUCUGAGUAUGAUGGUCGGAGCAGUUGUUACAAGAGUAGCCUCAAAUGCUGCUAACGGUACAGAUUUAUCCCAAAGCUCAGAUGAAAGUGAAGAAUUCGUGCAGCAGAAGCUACUGGUGGCCACGUCAGUCACAGUCCUUUCUGGAAUAAUCCAGUUGGCCAUGGGGCUUCUGCAGAUUGGAUUCGUGGUGAUAUACCUGUCGGAGUCCCUAAUCAGUGGCUUCACCACGGCUGCUGCUGUUCAUGUUUUGGUUUCACAACUCAAAUUCAUGCUACAGCUGAAAGUCCCACCGCACACUGACCCAUUCUCACUUUUCAAAGUCCUAGAGUCUGUCUUCACCCAAAUCAACAAGACUAACAUCGCAGACCUUGUAACAUCUCUGAUCAUCCUACUGGUUGUAUUUGUGUUUAAAGAAAUAAAUCAGCGCUACAAAAAUAAACUUCCAGUGCCCAUCCCCAUUGAACUCAUCAUGACAGUGAUCGCAGCAGGUGUAUCAUAUGGCUUUGACUUUAAACACAGAUUUGGCGUGGACGUGGUUGGGAAUAUGAGCCUUGGAUUUAAGCCCCCUAUCGCACCUGAUGUUCAGAUUUUCCAAGAGACCGUGGGCGACUGCUUCGGAAUUGCCAUCGUGGGCUUUGCGGUGGCCUUUUCAGUAGCGAGCGUCUAUUCCCUCAAAUAUGACUAUCCAAUAGAUGGCAACCAGGAGUUAAUCGCCUUGGGAGUGAGCAACAUAUUCACGGGAUCAUUCAAAGGCUUUGCAGGGAGCACAGCCCUGUCCAGAUCAGGGGUCCAGGAGAGCACAGGAGGCAAAACCCAGGUUGCCGGACUUCUCUCAGCUGUCAUCGUGCUGAUUGUCAUUGUCGCCAUUGGAUUUCUUCUGCAGCCACUCCAAAAGUCUGUCCUGGCAGCGUUAGCACUUGGAAACUUAAAGGGAAUGCUGAUGCAGUUUGCUGAAAUAGGCAGAUUGUGGCGAAAGGAUAAAUAUGACUGUUUAAUUUGGAUCAUGACCUUCAUCUUUGCCAUUGUCCUGGGGCUCGGGUUAGGCCUGGCAGCAAGUGUGGCAUUUCAGCUCCUAACUAUUGUGUUCAGGACCCAAUUUCCAAAAUGCAGCACACUGGCCAAUAUUGGAAGGAGCAACAUCUACAAGAAUAAAAAAGAUUAUUCUGAGAUGUAUGAGCCAGAAGGAGUGAAGAUUUUCAGAUGUCCAGCGCCGAUCUACUUCGCAAACAUCGGCUUCUUUAAGCAGAAACUUAUUGAUGCUGUUGGCUUUAGUCCAGUUCGAAUUCUGCGCAAACGCAACAAGGCUUUGAAGAAAAUCCGGAAAAUGCAGAAGCGUGGCCUGCUGCAAGUGACGCCGAAAGGGUUCAUCUGUACCGUGGACACCCUGAAAGACUCUGACGAGGAGCUAGACAACAACCAGAUAGAAGAACUGGACCGGCCCAUCAACACGGCGGACUUUCCCUUCGAGAUAGACUGGAAUGCCGACCUUCCCCUCAACAUCGCCAUCCCCAAGAUCAGCCUCCACAGCCUCAUCCUUGACUUCUCAGCCGUGUCCUUUCUCGAUGUUUCUUCAAUGCGGGGUCUCAAAACGAUUUUGCAAGAAUUUAUCAGGAUCAAGGUAGAUGUGUAUAUCGUUGGAACGGAUGAUGACUUCAUCGACAAGCUUGCUCGGUGUCAGUUUUUUGACGAUGAAGUCACAGAUUCAAUAUUUUUCUUAACAAUCCACGAUGCUGUUUUGCAUAUUUUGAUGAAGAAGGAUUACAGCGCGUCAAAGUUGAACUCCACUCAGGAAAAAGAAAUGAAAUUUGACUUUACCAUAAAUACAAAUGGAGGGAUACGUAACCGGGAAUGUCAGGUGCCAAUUGAAACAAAAUUCUAAUCAAAGUACAACUUGGAAGGAUUCUCAUCUGACUGUCAUGUGAAGAACAACUUUAU